AAAACACAGGCCCAUAAUCCCAGAGACUGAGGUCCUUUAGAAUUGUCCCGCUGCUCACUAAACAGCAGAAGGUUCAAAACUUAGAAGGAUAACAGGACAACAAGCACCACUCCCUCUUUUCAGUGCAACCAAGGAAGUAAAGAAAGCUGCCUCCAAGUUCAAGACCUCCUGCCAUGAACUUCAAAGGAACCUGGUCUGGAAUUGCCUGGAAGGACUAGUUUUGUUCCUAUCUUCAAAAUGAUUCUCUGAAAAUUUGGAAGGCUGUGGGUGCAAGGCCAGCUGCAGUCAUGGGAUGUACACCUUCACACAGCGACAUUGUGAACAACCUGACAAAAAGUGGUGUCCAGUUUUUUAAAAAGCCCACAGUUAUUUUGCCAGGAUGUCACAGGCGCAGUGGAAGAGGGUCCAUCCCUUUGCUGGUUCAGUGUUCUACCUGCUAUGACACUUGGGGGGGCCUGCCCCAGGGACAGAGGCCAGCAGAGGAGCAGCUGAGUUCCAGGAAGUCCCAAACCACAGCUGAAGGUCUUGGUCAGCCCCUGGGAGAUAUGGAAGGACUGAUCUCAGAAACCAGAACCUCUCCAUCCUGGCUGAACAAACCACAAAGCCACACUCCGUUCCAGACAAAAGGUACCCAUGGGACACAAGGGGCAGCCUUUCCCAGGGAAGAGAGUAUGGAGAGUACUACGCAGGAGACCUCCAGGUGGGAAAGGAAGCCAAAAUGCUAUUGCUCAAGCAAACAGGGACAUUGCAGCCAAACUAUCCUCCCUACUCCUGAAUCAGAAGGCAAAGUGGACUUUCCUGAACCCCUGGUCAAGGCCCACCAGCAUGCUUACACCUACCUGCACGCCAGCCUCUCCAAGUAUGAAGCAAUCCUGCACCUGGUCCAGCAGGCCAGCCAGACCCAGGGACUGCUGCAGCCCAUGCUCAGCUUCCUGCUGCUGUGCUUUGAGGAGGUGGGCCAGCUCCUUGGGGAGAUCUCCAAGGAUGGAGAAGUGCUCCUCCAGGAAGUUAGGGAGGAUCUGGCAUGGCCAUUGAAGAAAGGAGAGCCCCAGGAGCAGCCAGAUCUCUUGCAACAGCUGCUGCAGUACACGGUCAGCAAGCUACAGGUGCUCCACGGCAUGGUGGCUGCCCUCACCGGGAGCUUCCUGGAGAGUUCCAGCAGCUAUUUCCACUCCACGGCAAGCCGCUUGGAAAAUCAGCUGAGCACAAAGAGGAGUGUGGAUGAACGCCUCCUAAGGGCUCUGAGGCAACUGGAGAGCCUGGCAAGUGGCCAUGGAGACCCUGGGCUGCAGGAUCUACCCUUGUGCUCCGAGGACAGUGGCAUUGGGGCCGACAAUGAGUCCGUGAAAUCUAUGGAUAAGCUGGGUAAGCAGGCCAGCUGGAACGUUGUCCCGGAGGCUACAGAGUUGAAGCCAGGGAUCUCACCCCAGACGGAGGCCCGGCAAUCAGGACGUGCCUGGCAGCAAAGUGCAUUCUGGAUGGGUUCGGACCGACCCCAGGACUGUCCAAGGCCUCCCAUUGCAAAAGUGCAUCCAACCUCACAGGGCAAAGUAAGGAGCCCAGGCCCCCACAGCACUGGCCCAGAAACUCUGACCUCCAGGCCUUCAGAGGCAAGCAAGAGUGCUUGGUGUGACUCCCUGGGGACUGGGAUCCCUGUGGAAGUACAGCUUCCUAAAAGCUCCAGGUCUGGAGAGGUUCUACCCCUUAGUGAAAGUGAGAACAGCAGCCCAGACGAGGAGGAAGAUGAAGUUAGCAACAUGAGUCCAUGUGCAGGGCUGGAAAACGUGUCACCUGCAAGGCCACAAACUUCACCUGCAGACUGGGAAAGCUCGUUUCAGUCACACACCAGGAAGCUCAGGAGCCCCCAGGCCCAGGAAAUGAUUCUGAAGAUGAAGAAAGCCAUCAGUGAAAGGAUCAAGUUUGUCCCUGCACCUUUGGCGCACCAGGACUGGUCUGAGGAGGAGGAGGGGAGGACUGUGGUCCCACGGAGACCUAGCACGGUCAGUGGCAGCAGGAGGACCCCCGAGAGGCAGCAGAGGUCCCAGUCCGAGACAUGCCUUAAGAGCCAUGUGGAGGACCCCACCCUCCAGGAGCUGCGAAGGGUCCAAAAAGACCUCAGUCAGAGACUGGAGGCAUUUUAUGCCCAGGGACCCAAAAGGCAAGGACAGAGAAAGGAGCAAAUUGUGCGGUCCAGGGGAGCAGCGAUAUGGCCCAACAGCAACUGCAGGGUGAGCCCCAGCAACAGUACCAUCAGCAAGCUCAAGGCAUCCCUUACCAAGAAUUUCAGCAUCUUGCCUAGUCAGGACAAGAGCAUUUUGCAGAAAUGCGGUCCCCUCUCUGAGGGCGAACAGCCCUGGCAGAAGAGAGCCGAGCUGCUACCAAACGCCAUUCCACCUGGUGAGAAGGACGAGACUCCUAGGGCCAAGGACUGCUCCGUCAGGGGCUCUCCCACCAGAACAUCCGUCAAGAAACUCAUUGAAACUUUCAGUCCCACUGAGAGUGUGAAGACACUCGGAGACUCCAGGAACUCGGGGUCAAGCCCCUGCCUCAGGAAGUGGGGAGUCCCCAUCAUGCCCCCCAGACUUCCCAUUUACAGGGGCCUUGCUCCUAUGUAUACCAAGCCCCAAAUUUCUCCAACAGGGAGCAGAGAAUGUCUCAAGGUGGACACAGGCUGGAGACCUGUAGCACCGAUAUUUCCCCCUCUGCCUACAGCAGAAACAUUCAAGAAUGAGGAUAUCCGCUGUGAAGUAGAGGGGGACCCAGAGCACCUGCCUCCACCACCUCUGGAAGUCCUGAUGGACAACUCAUUCACUUCUCUGGAGAAUCCAGAAAGCAGAAAGUCAACAGGCAGCUCCCCUGAAGGGUCCCCAGUACCAGGGCUGGGACGGGCUGGCCCUACCAGAAGAACGUGGGCUUCCCCAAAGCUGAGAGCUUCCAUGAGCCCCAUUGACCUGCUGCCCAGCAAGAGCACUGCCAGCCCCACCAGGCUGUGCAGCACAGGGCCAGGAAGCAGCAAGAAUGGCAGCAAUCCCAGGAAGCCUGUCCAGGAUCCGAACCUCCCUUCUGCAGCCAGCCCCAACCCAGAGGCGGAGGGCGGGGCUCACAGUCAGGCCCAGGCAGAGAAGGCCACAAGCUUCUCCAAGCACCACCGGAAGGCAGUUCCCUGGCACCACGCCAGCCCCACCUCUGGGCAAAGCAGGACUUCAGAACCGAGCCUGGCCAGACUCACACGUGGUCCGCACUCUCCUGAGGCCUCCAGGCAGAGCCGAGAGAGAAGCCCCCCAGUAGUCAGGAAGAGCUCUCCCACCAGGGCACACUGGGCACCCCAAGUAGACAGGAAGCAGCGGGGUCUACCCUCAUCUCCUGGACCUGCUCAGCCAAGCACUGUGCUCAGCUCCUCCAGUCCACCACUUAGCCCCGCAGCUCCCAGCCCAACAGCAAGCCUUGGGAUCCUAAGCCCACCAAACACAAAGAAGCGAACUUCCUCGCCACCCCAGCACAAGCUGCCCAGCCCACCCCUGGGGAGCCCGCCUGCACAGCCCAAGGUCUCCAGUCCUGCCCAGCACACGGAAGCAAGCCCCCCUUCCUCUGUGCCCUCCCCAUCCCCCCCAGGGUCCCCCUCUCAGGGAUGCAAAGAGACCAGAGACUCGGAAGGCAAUCAAGCCCCUGCAGCCAAAGCAUCCCGGAACACAUGUUCCAUAUUCUGCCCUGCCACCUCCUCUCUGUUUGAAGCUAAAUCACCAUCCUUGACAGCCCACCUGCAGACCUCCACAUCACUGCCACCAGAACCCGGGGGCGCUCUUGGGACCCCAGCAGGAUGCUGGAGAAGCAGCUUGGAGCCUCGACUGAAGGCAGAUUCACAGAGGAGAAUGGCUCUAUGUGCCCUCAACCCUCUGCCUUUCGUCAAAAGGACAGCUCCUGCCUGCCACCCUGGUGUCCGGAUUCAGCUGCCUGGCUCCAGCUCCACUGGCUCCUCUUGGGAACCCCAGCUUGACCAGAGCAGCAGCAGCAGUGAGGACAGCCCCAAGCUGAAUGCAUCGACUUGGAGCAGCCCCUGUGCCCCAGAACCUCAGGGUGGCAGCAGCAGGUGUGCAUCACCCCCAGAGCUCUGUGUGCUGGGCCAUGGGCUGCAGCCAGAGGCCCGCACCAGCCACAUCCAGGACAAACCCCAGCCAGAGACCCAGCCCCAGCAGAAGGACGCGUCCUGACUGUCACGCUGACAACAAUCACCCCAGAGACACAAUGUGACAGCCAUGCAUCCACACUGCCCCACAGAUGGUGGGCAGAUGCGCUCCAAAUGAGGUAUCUUGGAAAGGCUUUGAAGAUGCUUUAUACGAUGGCUAUUGUCAAUCACAGAUCCUGCUUUGCCUUGGGGGUUCAAAGAUUAACCAAAACUUUAAACCCCACAAUGACACUUUUUAACCCUUCAAGUGCUGGCCUUAAUUUAGGGAGGAUAUAGAUUUAUUACAUGCUUAGCAGGCCAGGUGUUUUACCUGGUAACCCAUGACAAUCGUGAAAUCAUUUAAUGCCCACAACAGCGAACAAAAUAAAUAGCAUUCUCCAGUUAAACAGAUAAGAAAACCAAAUGUGGAGAGGAGUUCCCCCAAGUGUCUUGCCAGGAAAAAAAGCAACAAUUGGUACAGACAUAUGCUUUUUCCCUUACAUUUUGUUGCUCUCAUUUAUUCCAUCACCCCAGCUGCCUACAGCAUUAGUAGUUGUAUAAUUGGUGGGAAAGAUUUGGUUUUGGUUUUUGUUUUUGUAAGGUUGAGUGCUGGCAAAGCAUGGAAGUCUCCAUUAAGAGCUUUGUUUAGAAGCUAAUUGCCCCUGACAUGAGAAGGCUGGUGCAUUAGAACACACAGCCCCACCCAUCCUCCCUCCUGCCAGAGCUCAGCUUCAAUGCUAUCAAUUCAAAGCUUCCAGCUCCCAGCCAGGGCCAUGCUGUCCUUGGCCUCAAUGUGUACCAAACAUGCGUGCAGCCCUACACAAGCCCGUGGGAUGAUUCUUGGACCAAGUGGACACAACCAGGCCUCCCACACAAGGCAGCCUAGUCUCCACAUCCGGUGGGCGCUGGAGCUGACGAGAUGGUGUGGGUCACCUCCUGCCCAUCUCCCCCUGAACCUUCUUGGCCAAGUUUAUUCCCAGGUCAUCUGUAAACCUUCUACUAGAGCUGAAAUUAAAGCAAAGAAUGGUCCUUCAUGCCAAAAACUACUUCUGCCAAUGAACUAGAUAUUUGCUGCAGAUCUUGGAAUGUUUCCACCGGAGGCUGUGGAGUGCUUUCUAUUUAGAAAAGAAUUUGCAGUAAUUGGGUGAUUCAAUGCCGGCUCAGUGGGUUGUCAAAAGACAAGAAUUCUCACCCACGGGUACAGCUAAGGGGCAAUCUUCCAGUUCUGCUGCAAAGCUGAUUUUAAAGUUUGGGAAAAUUAUAGAGCUCAAAUCCUUUCUUGUUGAAAUAGAUCGUGGGCUCAAGAACAUGUUACAGUGGGUGCCAGGAACUCCAGCUUCCUCCCUCAGGGCUCAGGAUCUCACCUGACUUGUCCAUUUAUUAAUGAACAAGGUGAUGGAGCUUCUCUCUUCAAAGACACCUAAAGAACACUUGAUUAAAGUACCAAAAGGGCCACACCCACCUGUCUAUUGAAA